AUGACAACCCCAGCAUCUGGUGAGCCUCUGAAGAUCGACUCCAUGGUCGGAGGAGCAGACCCCCCUGUCUUCAUCGAGGAGGCUACAUUGGCCUACUGUGUCGGGAAGGUCCUGUGCGUGUGGGACACUGACACCGACGAAUGCAAGUAUUGUCGUAUGCCACUGGACCAGGAGGGCUCACAGCAGCUCUAUGGCUCGGGCCAGGGACAGCUGGUCCUGUCCACUGAGGCCUGUGACGGCGCUAUCAAGGUCCUCAUCUAUCCGCUAGAAGCUGAGGGUCUCGGCAUAGCAACCGAAAUGACGGUACCGGUCGGUGAGGGUUGCAAGGGCCCUACUGCUGUGGCAAUGUCCCCAUGCUGUACGAGGGUCUUUGUGAUGGUCGGCGGUCCAGAAGAGCAGUACUUGGCAGUGUAUAGCACAGAUACCUGCAAGGGCCAUCUGCUGGUGGCCACGUCGACGGGCCUUUUGCUGUGCCUUUCCAUCGAGCAAUCCAAGGCACCGCCGACCAAAGAGGAACGUCAACGGCUCAUAGGAAGGUAUGAGCAGCUCAUCUCGGUCCACUCCGUCACUGACAUGGCGGACCUCGGCCCCAUACGCCAUAUGUUCUUCCGUGGCCAUGAGACUCUUAUCGCUGUUCACAUGAACAGCCGAGUCAGCUCAUGGGCCUUCGACAAGGGCCACAUAUAUGAGCCGAUCAGUGCCGACCACUUUGAGAUACAGGCCGUUUCGCACUAUGAGGGGACCUCUCUGGAUGAUCCGCUGGUGCUGGUGAAGUCAUCUGUUUUGUCGGAGCUCACCGAGGAGCAGCAGGGUCAAUUGAAAUGGGCCGUGUCUUCGCCCCAAGGGCAGACACUCUGGGUUUGCACCCUGGAUGGUCACCUCUGGUCCGCUAAUAUGAUAACUGAGGAAGUCGACACGUUAAAGGACUGUAUCGACAGUGGCGCCCCAGAGGUGGGGGAUGAUCAGGCCUGUCCGCUUCCCUUGGCUUACCGGGGUUCUACUCUUUGCGGGGCCCUAGACUGUAUCACUGAUAUAAAGGUCCUGUGUGGCCACCCAGAGAGCCCUACCUUUCUUGUUGCGACUUCCAGUGGGGCUGUUCGCCUCGUUGGGCCCAGUCCUAGUGAGCUCGAUGGUCUGCCACGAACUAUGUAUCUCCAAACCAGUCACGCGCCCAUAAAUUGUCUUGCUGUGUCGGCAACCUGUCGUUUGGUAGUGGCAGGGAGCGAAAAUGGCGUUGUCCAGACCGUGGACCUCGGCGCCGGCCCUUCGGCGGUCCUGAACGCCUCUAGAGGCCUCGAGAGCUCCGCUGUCAAACUUAGUGAGGAGGCGCCAGUGGUCGAUGUGAGUCUCACGAAGUUGCCAUGUGGCCGAGAAGUGUGUUAUGCCCGACUUGAUAAUGGUGACGUUUUCCUCCUCACUGUUCGCGAGAAGACCGGCCUCCUCACUGUAGUCUCCCACCUCAACCGUAUCGAAGUCUUCGCCGGCGCCCUAGGGGGCCAGGAGGUAUCGGCAGCCUGUUGGUGUGAUCACAGACUGGCCCUCGCGGUAACUAGUGCUCAUGGUACAGCGGUUCUCACAGUCUCAUUCACGAUCGAUAGGAUGAUGGAUGGUCUCCUCGACCCGAGUGGGGUUACAGUGGCAACGCAUCAGCUUCCUAGUGCGUCCAAGGUCAGGGCCAUGGUCUCUUGUAGCCUGGGUCUAAUCGCUGGUAACGUCGUUGGGGAAGUAGCCCUGUACUCCCUACCCUCGGAGCUGUCCUCCAACCUCGGUGAGCUCCCUCUAGUGAGGAUACUAUAUCAUGGCAAUAGGCCUAUCAGUAGGCUGUCCAUGGACGGUGUUUUCGUGGUAGCAGCAACCUCUGAUGGUUCCGUUCAUGCGCUCUCCCUCGCUAACGGCCACACCUCUACUGUGGAGGAUCUCCAUACCAAACGCGGUGGGGUCACGGCAGUUGCUGUUUCUGGUCAAAGGGUUGCAUCCGGUCGAGGAAGGUGUGGGUUGGCCCUCUGGUACCUACCCGAGAAGGCUGGGACCACAGUUUCCCCCUCCGUUUGCUUCACGAAGAUGGCGAUGGUCCCAAGAGACGCAUCACCAACAGGCGUGCAGCCGGCUGGAGUCGUGAACGAUGAUGAGCUGGAGGUGUGGAGCAUUGGGGGCCACCGGAGGCAAAUGGACGAGGCCGUGGCGGUCCGAAGGAGCUUGGACGGUCGAGAGGCCCAGCGGGUCCAACUAGUUCACGAGGUACAGGCUAAGAUGGCUCAGCUGCGGGAGAGGUUGAAGUCGAUCGUCGAGAAGAAUCAAUCCGGGCCCGAGGAGGAAAGACUUGAAAGGGACGAAUUUUGUGUUGACUUCGAGGCGCGUGAGGAGGUAGCUCUGGAAUGCGAACGCAAGUCACAUGAGCUGAGGGAAAAAUUGAAGGAGGAGAUAGCGGCCAGGGCGGUCUUUCGAGAGCAACUUGUGAAGGAGUUCUGGGAGCCGAUGGGAGUCCACAUGGCCCAGUUACACUGCAUUGAGGAGGGCAAGGCUCUGAGGGUGGCCAACUACCCCUUUCGCUCCUCCACGUCUGCAGCAGACAGCGGCAAUCCUCUGCUGAGGAAGCUUCGGGUCCUUCGGGACGUCCAGGCUCGGGAGUCGAUGUGGCUCACUGGAUGUUCACUCCUCGUCGAGGAUGAUGCCCUCAGCCCCUUCCGCCAAGGUCGUCGUUUAGGGACUGCGGAGUCCUCUGGGGCAGUCGAAGAGACCGGGAAGCCAUCAGAGGCGGACUCGCAAGGCGUGAUGGAGAGGACAGCGAGCUCAGCCGGCGGGUCUCUCUCUAAGGACCCUGGCCUUGCUCGUCCCUGCUUCCCGGCCUUGAAUAGGACCUGUGUUGAUUUCCUAUAUCACCCGAUGGAGCUCGUCAGCAGUCCACGCAAGAGGAUACAGGCCAGUCUGCUAGAGGAGGUGUCCAUGGAAUACAAGAGGGCCUUCAAUAAGGCAUUCGAAGAAGUGAAGGACGAAAGGGCUAAAGCGGUCGAGCACAUAUCGGAACUAGUUCACCGCAUUCACGCCAUCCUCAAGGAGCUGAAGUCGGAUGAGGACCCUCCGAUGGAUCCCGCAGCUCGGCACCUCGAGACCGAUGAGAACCCCGAGUCUGUCCUCGAGGUCCUGGACAGGGAGAUUCAUGCUGAGAAAUGGAUCAGCAAGGAGGAGCGCGCGAGACUGGUGGGCAUGGUCUGGGGUGAAGUGCUGCAAGGCUUUGGUGGCCCUCAACAGGAUGCUGAGGCCGCUGCGGAGGCCGAACGCCUUCGGAAGCUGCAGGAGGACGACGGGGGUCGGCAGAAGGCGCUGAUUACUAUGAUGGGAGGCACUCUGAGGACCAAGAAGGACCUAAGCCCGCUAGAGAUCCGACUGGACAGGGAGGAGUGGAUGGACAUAGUACCAGAAGAAGAGAUGGAUGAGGACCAAAAGGCUGCAUUUGCCGAGCAACUCGCCAGAGAGAAGACUCUAGCUGAGGAGCAAGAGGCUUAUCGGACGAGACUGGCAGAGGAGCUCGGUCAGCUGAAAGCUGAGAUUAAAAAGGAGGUGGCUGCCUUUGAUGAUGGCCUCCUGAAAAAGCUCUAUCGGGCUAGGGUAGAGACUGACUUGAAGAUCCACACCCAGGAGCUCCUGGUCCUCCAGAAUAGGUUAGCGUUACGGCAGUCUGUGGAGGAUAAGUCAGCAGUGGAGAGGCUCAACUUGAAAAUCGCCGAAGUCCGGAAAAAGGUCGCUGAAUGCCGAGCUGAGUUUGAUGAUUUCAGCCUGGUGGUUCGUGAGCUUGAACGGGAGGCGGAUGAGAUAGUCAGACAGGAGCGGGACUGUGUGUCCUUAUUUAAGCAACAGUUCUCUACAGCCAAGACGGGCAUCGACACUGAGGCCUUCAACCAGCUCUUGGUGCUCUUCCGGACGACACUACCUGGAGAGGACGGCAGUAAAAUGUCCCACAACCUAUUCACUCGCCAACCCUCUCGCGUACUGGCCGGCAGUGUACCAGCGGUCAGUGAAGCACCAUCCUCCUACUACUACUACGUGGAUACUAUGGACGAUUAUGAACUCCAGACGCCAAGCAUCAACGAUAUUGCUACUUUCAAGUAUGCAGAGGAUUGCCCAGAGGAGAUCGACGAGGAGCUCUUCGAUCGUGCUAUGAUACUUCGCCAGGAAAGGCAUGAGAUGUUUCCAUUGUUUCCUUCGAGGGUCGAUCUGUUACGUAGAUGCCGACUAGACCUCGACGUACGGCGGAUGAAUGCCUUGAUCGAUAUUGCCAAUAGGCGUCUGUGGCACCAUCGACAACGAUGGGAGAAAGCUCUCUCGGAUGAGAAGGCUCUUUUGGAGCAGCUGGGGUGCCGCAAGAGGGACAUGCUCGAGGAGAAGUUUGACACUGCGGUUAUUAUGAUGAUUAAACAGGGACUGAUCAACAUGCCAGAGGGUCCGGUUGUUACGGAUUGCACCGAUGCUAUUAUUGUGCCAGCGGAGGAAACGAUUGAAACACGCAACAGGCACAUCAUGACACUUGCUGAGGAGAAGUUGGCAGUUUUGCAUAAGAUUAAGGAAUUCCGAAAGAAACUGAAGCAAGUGGAAUGGGAACAAGCGGUGCUCAAGUUGGAGAGAGAGGACCUCGAGGAGCACUCUAGAGACAUUCAAAUGAUGCGGGUUACCAAGGACCUCAGGACAGCUCUCUCGGAAUCGAACAAGAAGCCGAGCGAAAGACAGGGAGGAAAGGAAGUGGAGAUCGCCAUGAGGAAACUUAUAGAAAGAAUUGAGAAGAGUGGUAUGGAUAAGGAAGCAGCACUGGCCAAGGAGUUGGAGCUCGCGAAGAAGAGAAGUGAAGCGAGGCGUAGAGAAAAUGCGAAAUUCGAACGGAAGCUUGACGAUCUUCGUGAAGUAGUAGCGGAACGCGAGGAGAUCAGAGAUCUCGGAGACUCGCGCAACAACGAGAGUGCUGAAAGCAGUACAGUGUAUCGCCCUGGAGAGAAGCGUAUCCCCAUUGGAGGUGGGGGCCGUAUCGAAGAGAAUUAUAGAGAGGUUAAAGAAGCCCAUGCUCGAUUUGCCGAGAGUAGAGUCCACCGGGAGCAAAUGGACAUGGCACGCAUCCAAGCGAGGGAGAUACAGAAGUGCAUUGUCAGCAUGGCGUUGCGAGCUGUCCUCGAGGACUACCACCAAAGAACAUUCCCGACUUUCGUCCAUGUACAUCAGCCGAAGGAUGCUUCCAACGGCCAAUAA